AUGACCUCUGCAAUUCGUAAUACAGCCACAGACCCUACAUGGAUUAUUGGACCUUCUCCGCAACCGAAACUGGAGAUGAGCGAAACUCUACAUAUGCAAAGGGCCACUGUGCGGUUGGGCAGGUCCCGUAGCGCGACUGCGGACGGUAGUAUAAUCACUCAGAACCGGGCAUCUCACUUACGUCACCGCAUGUCCGUGUACAGCACCGCCCGUCCCAUACCCACUAGAUCCUUCUUUCAGGGACGUGCAUAUAAUUUUUUGGAGAGACCAUCGGGUUGGAAAUGCUUUUUGUAUCAUUUCACAGUAUUCCUCAUGGUGCUUUCUUGCCUGAACCUCAGUGUGCUGUCCACCAUUGAUGAGUAUCAAUCACUGGCUAAUAAAACACUAUUCUGGGUGGAAUUAGUGCUGGUAGUGUUGUUUGGUGUGGAGUAUGUGGUGCGCCUGUGGUCAGCAGGAUGCAGAAGUAAAUAUGUAGGAAUUCUGGGAAGGCUUCGCUUUGCCCGAAAACCCAUCUCUGUUAUUGACCUGAUUGUGGUAGUGGCCUCCAUUAUUGUAUUGGCAUUUGGCUCUAAAGGUCAGGUUUUUGCCACCUCUGCUGUCAGAGGAGUCCGCUUCCUUCAGAUCCUACGGAUGCUGCAUGUGGAUCGAAAAGGAGGAACAUGGCGGCUGCUUGGAUCAGUUGUCUACAUACAUCGGCAGGAACUGAUUGCAACUCUUUAUAUCGGAUUCCUGGGGCUCAUCAUCUCGUCCUACUUUGUGUAUUUGGCAGAGAAGGAUGCGGUAGAUGAUCAUGGUAUCACAGAGUUCAGCAGUUAUGCUGAUGCUCUGUGGUGGGGUGUGGUAACCGUAACGACUAUUGGCUAUGGAGACAAGGUCCCUCAGACCUGGAUUGGGAAGACUAUCGCAUCAUGUUUCUCUAUAGUUGUCAUCUCAUUUUUUGCCCUCCCUGCUGGAAUACUCGGCUCUGGUUUUGCUCUGAAGGUACAGCAGAAACAGAGACAAAAACACUUCAACAGGCAAAUCCCUGCAGCUGCAUGUCUGAUACAGGCCUCCUGGAGGUGCUUUGCCUUAAAGAACAAUGAUUCUGCCACUUACAAGUUAUUUGUAAAGAGGAAAUAUGUGGCAUCCAGCACCUCAGUGCCCAGCCCUAAAUUAAAGGUAAAGAUGAGGAGGAAGAUGAAGAGUGAUGACAGGGAAAAUGGUCCCAGUUCUUCUACCAUACCUACCAUAACCUAUGAUUCCUUUUAUGAUGCAAAGGAUGCCAGUCAAGAUACAGUGAGCAGCAUUCAACAGUCAGAGCGGGAACAAUCAUGGAAUUCUCUAUCCUCCUUCCAGUUCUCUCCACUAACAGCAAAAAAGUCCACUGGGUUUUUGGAGGUGCAAUCUCGGCCAACACUCCAGAGGAGCAGCAGCUUUGCAGAUGAUGUAGAGACUGAGGCAGAGAGAGAUAGUUCAUUCGUUCCAGUCACUCAUGUGUCUCAGUUGCGGGAUUCCCACAGAGCAGCCAUUCGUGUGAUCCAGAGAAUGCACUACUUUGUGGCAAAAAAAAAGUUCUUGCAAGCACGUAAGCCAUACGAUGUGAGAGACGUAAUUGAGCAGUAUUCUCAGGGUAACCUCAAUCUCAUGGUGCGCAUCAAGGAGCUGCAGAGAAGAAUGGAUCAGUCCUUAGGGAAGCUGUCUCUAUUCCAGACAAGUUCAGAGCGCCUCAAAGACAAAGGCACGAACACUAUUGGCUCCAGACUCAACAGGAUGGAGGAGAAGAUCACACACAUGGACAAGACACUCAACCGCAUUGCUGAGUCUCUGAUCCUCCUGUUGGGUAGAGAGAGUCAGGGGGAUUUGGCCAGACGGCAAAAAAGGGGUGUCAGCAUCCACAGACAAUCAGCUAACCAUGGCCUGACAGUGCCGGACAGGCAAGACAGCCUACCCAGCUACCAGCAACUCUCAACAGAAACUUUAUCCUCUCCCAAUAGGGUGGAAAGCUGAGUCCACUAAAUCACAAAGUGCCUGAAACUGUGUCAGUUUUGUCUUAAAUUAAUAGAGAAGAUUAUAUUUGGGAGGUAUGAACAUCAGAUUAAAGCUCAUCUCAGAGUUCAGAGUUGGCUGUUUUUAAGAUAUGUACUGAAUUUUUAAAUAUUUUUCUGUAAGUUUGUUGGACAGUUGGAUUUCUUCUAAAGCAACAAGACAUGUAUACAUAUUUUAGCAUACAAUUAUAUAAGUAUGGCUUUUUGGUAUUAUCCAGUAGAUGAUUUCCUUUUUUAAACAGAUAGAAAGCAGUGCUCAACAAUAAGAAUGGAGAGAUUUUUGGGCCAGUUAACAAAACUCCAAAUGUUACAUUCAUUGUUUUUAUUGUUUUUGUUUUUCAUUGCAUUGCAUUGCACUGCAAACUUACAAAUAUACAUUUAUGUGAUGUUUGAGCAUUGUUCUUGCCAAUUCUUCCAAUUUAAACUUGUCACCAAUGUUUUGUGGUAAUUGUGAGAAUGACGUAAUAGUUUUAGAAGCGUUAUACAAUGAAAAUCAUAAACCAAUCAGUAACAUUUUGCUAUGCAUAUUGUUUUCCAACACAGCUAGUUUUAUGGAAAGAAAACUUAACAUUUAAUGAAAAAUAUUAUUCCUGGCACAUAUACAGCAAGUGAAAAUGAUGAAAUCUGAACUAGCAAGAAAAUAAAUCCUAACUGUUGAGCCCUGGAAAAUAUUAUGUUGUAAGGAAUUUGCCCUCUACCCUCCAUAUAUGAAUGUUACAAUGAAGACAUUAUUUUGGAUUGUUAUGAAUUGACCUUUUUUCUGGUAAAUGAUUGCUAUUGAAAAUUGAGAGGAACAAAAUGCUCAUUGCUCCCGUUUAUGAAAUGGUCAUAAACAGUUUAGAGAAACAUUGAUCUGUGAAUUCAGCUGUAGAGGCUUUUCACUUACCUCUGUCCUCCAAAUUAAGUUUAUAUGUAUGUAUAUUUACAGAAGUACAAAUGUGAAUGUGCUGAUCUUUCAAGCAACACUACUGAUUAAAUUCUCCAGUGAACAGUUUUAUCCAAAUUGUGAAUUUUAUAAAGUACUGAGAGUUUUUCACUGUGGCAAAAAUGCAAUAUUGGCUAACCGUUUUCUGGUUUUAC